GGUCACACCGAUUUUCAGUUCUUUGAAACGGGGGGUAAAUUUUAGCAGAAAAAAAAACUUAUUUUACGUGCAUUUGUGUGUGUGUAAAAACUGAACUGGUGUGAAUAAUUGGCGAGAAAUAUUGGAACUCUGUGACCCGGCGUGUGAUAUUGAUUUGUGUGUGCGCUGUGUGGGGUGUGUGCAACGGGCAAGGCAAGGGUUUCGCCGCCGCCUACUCUCUCCCCCUCCAACAAAGGGUCUUAACGAUUUUUGUAAAGUAAUUAAAUAGUAUUAGCACACAGCACACCACACACCGAUACAGUAAGAUUGAUAUGGCGGAACGCGAGCGUAGCAUACACGAAAUGCUUAAAGAUACGCCCUCCAUGAACGAUAGCUGCGGGGCUGUCCAUACCGGCACAGAGGGUGGCAGCAGCAUGGUUGUCGGGAUCGGGCUAUGCGGCAGCAUCAGUAGCCAUAGCAUUGGCGUGGGUGGUGGUGGUGGAGGUGGAGGUGGGGCCGGCGGUAUGAAUGUCGGUGGUCCCUUCAAUCCACCCAACAGCUUGCCAUUGCGAAAUCAUUCAGCACCCACCACACCAAUGUCACCGACCAGUCCGCCCUCGGGCAAUGGGAUACUGACAUCUGCCGAUGGCAGUGGGAGUCUGAUACGCACAAGCGCUUCCAAGAUAGAUAGCAUCAAGAACUGGAGCAUAUCCACAUACAAGUGUACGCGUCAGAUAAUGCUCGAAAAGCUGGGCAAAUCGCAGCGCACUGUCGACUCGGAGCUGGAGGCGCAAAUCGAACAGCUGCGGGAGACGCAACGAAAGUAUUUAUCGAUCUUACGCCUAACGAGAGCAUUUAGCUCACAUUUUCAGCAUGUGGUCGUCACACAGCAUGCCCUGGCCGAUUCGUUUGCCGAUCUGGCGCAAAAGAAUCCCGAACUGCAAAAGGAGUUCACCUGCAACUCGGAGACGCAACGAAAUUUAACAAAAAACGGCGAACUGCUGCUCAAUGCAUUGAACUUUUUCAUUUCAUCGGUGAACACGCUGUGCAACAAGACCAUCGAUGAUACCUUACUAACGAUACGACAGUACGAAACGGCUAGGAUCGAAUUUGAUGCGUAUCGCAUGGAUUUGGAGAACAGCAAACCGGAGAUAACACAGUCGGCAGCCGCCUUGGAGGAUACCCAACGAAGUUAUGCCCAACACAAGGAACAGUAUGAGAAGCUGCGUUCCGAUGUGGCUGUUAAAAUGCAAUUUCUCGAUGAGAAUCGCAUCAAGGUGAUGCACAAGCAACUGAUUCUGUUGCACAAUGCCAUUGCUGCGUACUUUUCGGGCAAUGCCAUGGCACUGGAGAGCACUCUAAAGCAAUUCAAUAUCAAGCAGCUUAAGUCACCGAAUGCCGUUACUGGAUCCUGGCUGGAACAGUAGUAUCCAGUUGGAAGCAACACACACACGAUUCAGUCAAUGCCAGAAGAGGAACCCAGCUAGCCAGCCAGCUACAGCGUCCAUUCCUUCACAGCUUGCUGAACGAGCACGCUCUCUAAACAAAAAGAAAAAGGAGCAAACAAUAUAUUCUGGCAAUUUGUAUGGAGAGAAUCGUAAUAUUUAAUUGCUAACUUUAAGUGGAAUUCCUAAGCCGUAAGAUGAAAGUGGGUGACUCUCUAUGUUAUAUAUAUUUUUCCAACUUGCUUACCACUUA